AUGAUCGGAGGACCACCCCCUCCCACGAACGCUGUGCCCGCCGCACCAGCGCCAGCUCCCGUUGCGAAACGCCGCCGGCCGCGUCCAGCAGCGAGCGUGCUGCGCGCUCCCCAGCGGCCGCUCAAGAACGUCUCACGCCCGGUCACUUCGCUUACUCAACUGAACCAGCGCGAUGCUCCCAACACGCCCAUUAGUAUUGAGCAGCUCCGCAAUGAGUUCAUCGACGCUGGUGCCUCGUCGUAUCCGCUGGUUGUUACGAGAAAAGAUCUCAAAGAGCUGCGCCAUCACGUCAUGAGGCUGCAGGCCAAGGACCGCGUCAACAUCCAGAGUGAGCAGCAGUUCACGCCGCCCGUCCGCCUCCAUCGUCGUGACCAACGUGCGCCACCCGGUGGCAAGGGCGCAGAGGAUGAAGAGAAAGAGGAAGACGUAGAGGAGGCCAGGGAGCGCGAACGCCAGGAAGAGGAGAAGGAGGCACGGCGACUCAAGCGCGAGGGCAUCCAGGCCCAAAUCGCGCCCACCGGAACCACCAAGGGGAAACCCUUUGGCAAGAAGACGGAGCAAAAGUACCGCCCGGAUGACACGCCCGAGGCGAAGAAGCGCCAGCUGCUGCGAUACGAGGAGACUUUACCUUGGCAUCUAGAAGACGAUGACAACAAGCAGACCUGGGUAGGACUGUAUGAGUCGGAGAUGUCUGAAAAGCAUGUCAUGCUCACAGUGGAGAAUGGGCCAGAUCAACUUCCAGUCAUUCAACUCGCACCCUUGGAGCGCUGGUACCGUUUCAAUGCCAAAACCAAGGCCAAGUCGACCGAGGACUCCGAUCUCUUGAAAGCGAAGAAGGACUCAUACUUCGAAGCGCGCGAGAGGAAGAAAUUCAAAGAAGAGAUGGAGAAAGAUAAGGUAUCACGCGCACGGCAAAUUCGUACGAGGGUAGGAGGGGGAGACGACGAUGAGGGCAGGAUCAAACGCCUCGAUGAUGACGAUAUGCCUAGAGUCAAGCGUGAGGCAGACGCCGACGACAUUGACUUUAACAUUGAGGAGGACUUUGCCGACGACGAAGAGGGCCUGAACGGUCUCUUUGAUGGCGAUGAUGAAACUGUCAAGGAGGCGCAAGAGAAGCUCAAGCGUGAUCAGCUCGGGGCUGCUGCUUUUGAUCUCCGGGAUGAGCGACAGAUCUGGGCACAAGAAGAACGUGAGAAGAAGGAGGAAGAGGAGAAGUCUCUCGAGGCAGAAAUCAGAAAAUCCCUUGUCAAGCGUGAGAAGAACUAUGACUACGCAGGCAGCGACUCCGAAUACAGCGAGACAGACUCGGAGACGGAGCGGCAGAGAGUCAAAGAGGAAGAGGAGAAGAAGGCUGCUGAGCAAACUGGCAAGGCUCCUGAGGGCGACAAGACCGUCUCUGGUGCCUCCACCAAGGGUGGCUCGACCCCCGCGCCCCGUUCUACCGACAUCAACAAGAAGAAGCGGCCCGCGCCGGGCUCCCCGAACCUGUCUGAAGCCAGCGGCAAUGAAUCUGCGCGUAAGAAGCACAAGAAGAAGCACGAGAAGAACGCAGACGGUUCGCGCAAGGCUAUACCCUUGCGUACAGGAGCUGCGUCUGGUAGCGACAGUGAGAUGACAGAUGCUGGCAAGCCGAAGAAGCACAAGCUCAAGGUCCGCCUCGGCGGUACCCCUGGUGCCAGCCCCUCAGCCAGCCGUGCGGGAAGUCCAGCGGCGCAGGUCAAUGGGAGCCGUGCUGGCAGUCCGGCGGCUCCCGGUGGCGCACCGGUCACUCCUCGUACGUUUGAUCUAUUAAUAAUGCUUCUCAAGUUGAACAGUCUGCUAAUUACAUACCUUACAGAGAGCCGCCUUCCGUCUGCAAGCGAGAUCUACAAUGCCCUUCCACCCGAAGGCAUGCCGAUCCAGACCCUCAUCAACAAAUUCCGGGAACGUGUGGACAAGAGCAACAUGAACGUGUUUAUUAAACUGGUCAGAGCCGUCGCCUCAUAUGACAAAGGUCGUGGUUGGCUGAGCCCGCUACCGGAACUGCCAUCGGACGAGCAAAUCGCUGCUCAGACGAAGCCCAAGCCUGCUGUGAAAGCAGCGAGUCCGCCAGCCUAG